AUGGCCCAUUGGUAUACCUACACAGUCUCGGCUGUUCUUGAUGAGAAAGAAGAAACGAAUCACAUUGAGUACUUCCAGGGCUACACUCAAUUUCGUGAGCCUGGCCUUCCUGUUAAUUUGCCUGCUCGCAUUGAGGAAAGUAUUUUAAUGCUACCUGAAAUAGUGGAAUUGAGAAAACGCAUCGGAGAACUCAAAAAGUGCGAUAAUCAGACGGGUCUUCCGGCCACGAAGCUGCAUUACAGGAACGCAUUGAUUCGACAGCGCCGUUUUGAGCUCAAAAGGUAUCAAGCCUCGUGGGUACAGGCGAGAAGGGAUCAAAAAAUCCUCAACCGGGGCAAAGGACCGCCGGUCUCAGUGACAAAUGAUGUUUGUAUACGCGCUCAGAGUUUGAUCAUGCCUGAAAUUGCGCGAAUCGUAGCAGCGAUGUCCCGUACCACUGAGCUGUCCUUUAAAGAGAAAAUCAUGUUCGUGAAAGACUUACAGACUCAAUGCUCUCGCGACUUUGAUGUGGUCUACCUUCCCAAUGAAAGUCCGAUUCAUAGUGCCUAUCCCGCUAAAGCCUGCCAGGCCAUCAUUGCAAGGUAA